CCGGGGCCGGUUCCGCUUCCUCCGGAAGUCAGAAGGAGCCGCUCUUUCCGCUCCACUCGAUGGUGGCGCGGUUGCUUAGCCUGUAGUCAGGAAGCCCUUGGCCGAGGAGCUGGCGCGCGAUACAAAAUAAGAGGAAGUUAUUUCAGGUGACCUACCGCCAACAAAGAGAAAAGAUCCAGCCUGAUACAGAGUACCCAUAGCAGGCAUCUAAUGUAAAAAGUGCAAUGAAUGAGUGUAAUAUACAACUUCCCUCCCCGCAAAUCCUGAGCCUUUGAUAGCAUUAUUUUGGUGUUUCUGGAUUAAGUUUAUUUAGAAACUUGUUUGGAGGUUAUGGAUGAUAAGCCCAAUCCUGGAACCCUGAGUGAGAGCUCAGAACCUCUCUUCUCCUUUGGAGUUAUAGCAGAUAUUCAGUAUGCCGACUUAGAAGACGGCUAUAAUUUCCAUGGAAGCAGACGGAGGUACUACAGACACAGUCUUCUUCACUUACGGGGUGCCAUUGAACACUGGAAUGAAGAAAGCAGCGCACCCUGUUGUGUACUGCAACUGGGAGAUAUCAUCGAUGGCUAUAACGCGCAGUAUAAAGCGUCAGAAAAAUCACUAGAACUUGUCAUGAGCACGUUCCAAACGCUGAAAGCCCCAGUCCAUCAUACGUGGGGAAAUCACGAAUUCUACAACUUCAGCAGAGACUACUUAACAAACUCCAAACUUAACACGAAGUUUCUAGAAGAUCACAUUGUACAUCAUCCUGAGACUAUGCCUUCAGAGGAUUAUUAUGCUUACCAUUUUGUGCCAUUCCCUAAAUUCCGGUUCAUUUUACUCGAUGCUUAUGACUUGAGUGUCUUGGGUGUGGAUCAGUCUUCUCCAAAAUACCAGCAGUGUCUGCAGAUGCUGAGGGAGCACAAUCCAAAUACGGAAUUGAAUAGUCCUCAAGGACUUUCUGAGCCCCAGUUUGUCCAGUUUAAUGGAGGAUUCAGCCAAGAACAGCUGAACUGGUUGAAUGAAGUUCUUACAUUCUCUGACACAAACCAAGAAAAGGUGGUGAUUGUGAGCCAUCUUCCCAUUUACCCUGAGGCCUCUGACAGUGUGUGCCUGGCCUGGAAUUACAGGGACGCCCUGGCGGUCAUCUGGUCUCACCAGUGCGUGGUGUGUUUCUUUGCUGGUCACACUCAUGAUGGUGGCUACUCUAAGGAUCCUUUCGGUGUGCACCAUGUCAACCUGGAAGGGGUUAUUGAGACAGCUCCGGACAGCCAGGCUUUUGGCACAGUUCAUGUCUAUCCUGACAAAAUGAUGCUGAAGGGGAGAGGCAGAGUUCCAGACAGAAUUAUGAAUUACGAGAAGGAAAGAGCUUUCCACUUUUAGUCUGAUUUUGUUUACCUCUGUAGACAGAAUGACUUAGCUUUGUGUUUUUGUUCCCCUCCCAGCCCCCAAUCCUCAGUCUCAUUGUUCGUAGUCAUUUGCAUAACAAAAUAUAUGUAUGGCUGCAGUGUGUCAGAGCUCCUCAGAUAUUCUGAAAUGGCAUUUUUGGAUAAUAUAUCCAGUGCUGAAAAUUAGAAACAUAAUGAAUGAAAGUGGCGUGAAAAAAAACAGGGAGGAGACUGCGGGGGGGU